AUGCGUUGUUUGCCUUUUAAACAAUGUACUUGUUUCACAGCAUGUCAACUUUACAAAAAUUUCACGACAGAGGAGGGAGAUGUGCGUCCAAAAGAAACGCAUAUCUUGCUCUUAUUUGAAAGGCUAAUCUCUUUUCUGUCUAUGCAAAUGGCAAAAUGCAGAAGUGUCUGCAAAGCACUUUCAAAAGGACUUAAAGGUCAUAGAAGCACAAGCGAACAAAUGAUGCGACAUACUACUGCAAGUCAUACUGAUCGUUUUUUCAACGUGACAAAUAAGAAACUCUGCAUAACGUUUCGUAUAUUGAAAACGGAGUCAUAUUCUUUACAUCCUUACUGUACAUGUCAGUUGAAGUUUGUGGAAGUAUCAUGCGAAGAUACUUCAAAACGAGUAUCAGUAGGCAAUGCUGAGAAACCAAAAUUUUUUGGUAAAACAAAAAAUAACGGAAGGAAUUGA